AUGUCUCUGCUACAAUUAUCGUGGCGAUGGACGGCCGUGGUCGCCAUCUCCUGGGCCGCCGUCGCCCAAGCGCAUACAAUUAUCACUUACCCCGGUUAUCGAGGAGACAACCUCCACACCAACGGAACGGUGGCACAGUCAAAUGGUCUCGGAAUGGCCUAUGACCCCGUGAAUGGGUCUCUCUACUACCCUUAUGGAAUGGAGUGGGCCUAUCCAUGUGGCGGUAUGCCGACGUCGAGAAAUCGCACUUACUGGCCCGUUAGCGGUGGCUCCGUUGCUAUCCAGCCAGGCUGGUUCCAAGGUCACUCCACGGCUCUGAUGUACAUCAAUAUGGGAUUCGGCGAAAUCCCCGAAAACAUGAGCCACCCGGUCGUACCACCUUUCCAGAUUGUCGGUCCCACGAACAACCCUUAUCCGGGCACGAUCUGCCUGACGCAAAUUCCAAUUCCGAAGGGCAUUGACGUCAAGGUGGGCGACAAGGCGACUAUUCAGGUCGUCGAGGCGGCUAAACACGGCGCGGCUUUGUACAAUUGCGUCGACAUCAUCUUCGCCGAGGAUGGGGACCCCAAGAUUGAACAAGUUACGGAAGAUAACUGUUUCAACUCUACCAAUAUCGGCUUCGAGUACAUGUACACGACGGCAGGUAUCGGAAACGGUGCAUCAACGAUCCAACCUUUGAUGGGGUCAUGGAUGACACUUGUUACAUUCCUGUUAGCGCUCGCACUCGUGUAG